CGUUAUUGUCGAAGUAUCGGCAAUACACUGCAGCGGUGUUUUUUUUCUGAAGACUAAAAACUGAUUCUAUUCAGCUUUUUUGGAAGAUUCGAAAUAUCGAAAGAUAAGUCUGGUUUAUAAUGUCCAAUCAAGAAAAAGAAAAGGGAAGCUUCUCUGUGUAUGGUUUUUGUGAGGCCAUAUGUAGUACAGCUGAAUUUGAGUGUCGACUGGAAGACAUACUAGACAAGAAGGCCGCUGAGGCAAAGAGGCCAGUAUGGAAAAUGGAAAUAAAAAGAGAAAAUAAGGAAGAGAAGAGAUCUGAAAAAGAUGAUGAAAGUAUGAAUAUAGAAGAAAAGAGAUCAGAAAACGACGAAAGUAUGAAUAUAGAAGAAAAGAGAUCAGAAAACGAUGAAAGUAUGAAUAUAGAAGAAAAGAGAUCAGAAAACGAUGAAAGUAUGAAUAUAGAAGAAAAGAAGCCGGAAGUGGGUGUGGAUAUAUCAACAGAGAAAAGACGGGAAUUGAAAAUAAGAAAGAUCCACGUGCAGAGAAUUGGAGAGAACCCAUUGAAGAAUGCAGUAGUCCAUGUCAAUAAGGAUCCAGUACAGAAUUCUGAAUCGAAAGGAUUGAUUAAUGACAAAGAAACGACGAAAGACGAAAAGAAAAGGAAAAGAGAAAUGUUGAAGAAAGAAGAAAUACUGGAAAAGAAAGUUAAAGCACAGUUUAAGGCAAUCGACAAGAAUAUCAAAACAUACUCAAAAGAUGUCAAGUCAAAAUGGAUGAAGAAAGAAAAGACGAAUAUAAAGAUGAAAAAGAUGGCACAAAAGAUGGUGGAAAAAGAAAUAAAGAAGAUCGAGAAAAAAAGAUUGAAGGACGAAAAGAAGAAACAAGUCCAAGCUAUUGAUGUUGUUCAGGAAAAUCAAAAUGAUUUUGAAAUAGUCAAUACAAAUGAGGAGAAAGAGAAAAAUGAAGAAAAAAACAUGAACAAGGAUCAAACUAUCAAUGUUGAUGGGGAAGCACAAAAUGAUUUAGAGAAGACACAGAAAGAGGCAGGGGUUAUUAAAGAAAAGAAAAGUUACUGCGAUGACAUCGAAAUGAAUGAAAGAAAAGAAAAAGACGCAAAAGACUUUAAAAUUAGUUCCAACAAUGCCGGAAAGAAAACCUCAUUUACUGCCAGAAUCAGUGGAUUCUUUCGAUCCUUAUCGUGCAUCAAAAGACAGAAGAAAACCAAUGAUGUGUGUUGAUAUGACGAACUGUUGAUAUUUUUUAAUUUUUUUUUCAAGUUUUUAUUUUCUUAAUAAAAAGCCAAACUUAUUAUUA